AUGGCAUUUCCUUUGGGAAUUAUUUUGUUCUUUCUUAUUGCAUUGCCAAUUUCUGAUGUGCAUGCAGACAUCAUUAUCUCCCCAUGGAGAUAUGAAGCGUAUAACAAUUUUGAAGGGGGUCACAGAGUGGGCGUUACCCGCAAGCAUCAUCGCCCCAAGUUUAGCCCUAGCCAAUGGAAGGAGGCUCAUGCUACCUUCUAUGAAGGAAACUCCGGAACAUUUGGAGGAGCUUGUGGGUAUCAAGAUGUGGUUAAAGAAGGUUAUGGGCUUGACACAACAGCAUUGAGCACAGCUUUGUUCAACAAUGGCCGGACAUGUGGGGCAUGUUUCCAGAUCAAAUGUGUAAACUCUCAAUGGUGUAAAGGCCAAUCCUCUAUUUAUGUCACAGCCACCGACCUUUGCCCUCCAAAUUAUAGUAUACCAAGUGACAAUGGAGGAUGGUGCAACCCACCACGCAAGCACUUUGACUUAGCCAUCCCUGCAUAUCUCAAAUUUGCAGAAUACAGGGGUGGCAUUGUGCCAGUCAUAUAUCGCAGGGUACCAUGCAAGAGGGAGGGAGGUAUUAGGUUCACCAUGAAUGGGAAUCCUUAUUUCAAUCUAGUAAAAGUGUGGAAUGUUGGAGGAGCUGUCAGGGUGACAGCAAGUGAUGGAAGGUCCAGUGUCUCAAGGCGUGUCGCCCCUAAGUAUUGGCAGUUUGGUCAGACCUAUGAAGGCAAAAACUUCCCAUAA